AGAAGGACCAUCAUGGAGACGGUCAGUGUCUCGUCUUCUGGAUCAUCAUCAAUGUUUACACUUCUACACUGCUUCAAUGAUCAUUUUAUUUUUUUUUUACAAAGUUGUGCAGCUGGAUUUCAGAUGUAAGACGUGAGGUGGCACAGUCAUGGCAACUAGUGUGGAGUACAAUGUAAAUAGCUUUUGUUUAGUGUGCAACAAGAUCAUAAAGGAGGCUUUGGUUAACAUACACUCAAAUCUGGCCACCAAGAAUCACAGUAUUCACAGCCAGAUAUCUCGGGUUGUGAGCGUUGAAGACCUGCUCGAGGCGUGUCAGACCUCGGAAGUUGUGUGCUCUACGUGCCUCAAAAUACUGCUAAAUAUUAUUAACCUGGAAUCUCAGAUUGUUACUUUGAAGAAUGAGUUUCGAGAAACAUUCCAGCAUGGGCUGGAAUCCCGUAGAAGUGUUAUUGGGAGAAGCUUAAUGGUUCAAGAUAAGCCCAGAGGUGCAUCUGACGACAAAUAUCACAUGGAGUACGAUGUUUGUGCAAACAGUGAAUGGAAUGUUGACUCUAGUUCUGGUCAGUAUAGAGGAAAUAGUGAAAAUACUUUUAUAAAUGUACCUGGUGAAGAAUCUGAUAUUACUGGUUGUUCAAAGCAGGAUUUGUUACUAGCAAAUAAAUCACAGUGUGAGAAUAAGUUUCCCUUUAAAUAUGAAGAGUGUGGUAGUGACAUUUUAGUUAAAAUGGAAGAUAUUAAGGAAGAUCUAACAAACCAGCUGUCAUAUGGUCAUACCAGAAUAUUGACCAACUUAAUACCACCACAUAAUUUUGAAGAUAAUGCUGACAUUAAUAGUACUUCUCAUAAAGAUGACCAAAGACAUGCAUUUGAAAGAUCAGAUUCUGAUUCUUCUUUUGCAGAUUGCCCAGUAAGCACAGCUAAAAAGCAACUUGCUAACUCUCAGCAAGAAAUUGUAAAACCGAAAGAUUUUGACCAGUCCAAAGGCAGCAUUGUAGGGGAUUGUUCAUUGAACGAAAAGAAAAGAGGGACUGUAUCUCCUUUAUUUACAAGCAAAGAUAAUCUUGAUGUAAGCAUAUGCACAGAAGAUGUAAAGAAUUCAACUGAAAGUAGAAGCAGAAGAUCCAGAACAAAACAACCACAGCACAAACGACAAAUGAAGCUUCGGAGAGACAAGAGAAAGAAGGUGAAGGCCGAAGGAACAAAUGCCAUGAUAGAAGCAAAUGCAAAAUUUAUGGAGGAUUUUGAAGAUGACUGGCCGCUGGAGGCUGAGGAGAGCACACAGGGAAGCAAUACCAUGAUUACCUGUGAGCUUUGUGGGGAAAGAUUCAAUGAUUACAAACAACUGGGGAAACACCGCGGAGAUGUCCAUGCUUCAGUGUACUGUCAUGUUUGUAAGCAGUGUACAGACACUCGUUAUCGAGAAAAAGCCAAGCUGACGCAGCAUCUCAGACUCAUCCAUAAAGUUUUAGUCCACCAGUGCCCAGCAUGUAACCAUGAGGCAUCAAGUCAAAAUUCUCUUGAUCAACAUAUCAUAAGCAAACAUCCUGAUUCUCGUUUCUUUGAGUGUCACAUUUGCCAUAAGUUUUUCAGGACUUAUCGCUAUCUUAAUUUUAUGCACAUAAAAAGGUGUCAUGUUGGUCUUCCAGUGAAGUAUACCUGUGAGAAGUGUAAUAAAGGAUUUGUUGAUAAAACUGCUCUUAAAAAUCAUAAAUUUACUCAUUCUGAAGUUAGGAACUAUACGUGUAAGUUUUGUGGUGCUAUGUUCCACACCCCAUAUAACUUGAAUCUACAUAUUAAUACUCACACACAGGAAAAAAAGUAUGUGUGUGUUCACUGUGGUUCUGCAUUUUUACGUCCUAAUAAUUUGUGUGCGCAUAAAAAGCGCUUUCAUAGUUCAGGUGAUGCCAAGCUAAUAUGUGAAGUCUGUGGUAAGUCAAUGGACACGCCAAAAGCACUGCGGCGUCAUAAACUAACACAUCACUCAAAACCAAAGCCCCUUGCAUGCCAUCAGUUUCCAAACUCUUAUACAGGAAAAGGAAGCCCAAAGCAUCAUCUUGGGAUACAUACUGGAGAAAAGCCACUUAGGUGCACUUGUGGCAAAUCCUUCCAUAAAAGUAGUGCGUUGAGUCGCCACCAGAGAUGGGUUCAUGUUGAUGAAUUUCAACAAGAUUCAUUUACUGAAAAUGAUGAAUGUAAUACAGUUGAGGUUGGUGAUGAUAUUGAAGAUGAAGAACACAUGGUGGUUAUUACUCUAAAGGAAUGCAACCCCCCAGCAGUUUAUAAUGUGCAGAAAGCAUCAGCACAUUUGCAAGAAAUUAUGAUUUCUAAUGGAACUCCACCACAACCCCAUAGUGGCAGCCUAAUUUCUGAGAACUUUCCAUUAUCACAGGAUACAGAACUGCCACUUUUGCACCCACAGCUUGGAUCACUAGCUACAGGAAGAAUUGGUCUUUCAACACCUGUAGUAUUUACAACAUUAAGUAUCAACCCCAUCAGUGUUGAGCAUAGUCAGGAUAUAGUGUCAGGUGGACUAUCACCUGCAAUGUCUAUUGAUAGUGGCCUUCAGGCAGCUUCACUUCCUUUUCAGCAGACACCAGUAUCUGGUGUUCAGGCAAAGAUAGAUCCUAUGGUAACCCUUCCAAGCGAAACUCCAGUAACAUGUCCGCCUUUAGCCACACAGCUGCUUCAAUUACCUCCUCUGCAAACCAGUACUGCCAGCAAUGCUCCAGUUACUUUUAUUUCAACAUGGCCAUCUGCUUUGUAAAGGUUGUAGAGCACAUUCACACACCUCUACAUAGAUAUAUUUACAUAUACAGUAAACUCUCGAUUUAAUGGGCCCCCAUUUAAUGGAUUUUGGUUGAGAUGCUGUCAAAUUUUGCUAAGACUAAGAAAGUUUUGGAGUGAGAUUAAUAAGUUGAGAAAGCCUAGGGAAUGAAUGGAUUGGACAGUUAAAAAUAGAAGAGGAGACUUAUUAGAUGGAAAGUUAGAGGUAUCAGGAAGAUGGCAGGAAUAUUUUGAAAAGCUAUUAAAUGUUGAUGAAGAUAAGGAAACUGUAAUUUCAUGAAUUGGCCUGGGAGGUAUAACAUCUUGUAGGAGUGAGGUAGAGCCAGUUGAGAGUGUGGGGAAGGUGCACGAGGCUGUGGAUAGAAUGAAAAUAGGUAAAGCAGCUGGGAUUGAUAGGAUCAAGACUGAAAUGUUAAAGCAGGUGGGGAUAUAGUUUUGGAAUGGUUAGUACUUUUAUUUAUUAAAUGUAUGGAAGAGGGGAUGGUACCUAAGGAUUGGCAGAGAGCAUGCAUAUUUCCUUUAUAUAAAGGCAAAGGGGACAGAGUAAAAAUUAUAGGAAAUAAAAUAAGCCUGUUGAAUUUCUUCUGUAAGGAAUGCGUGUCGUAAGAGGCGACUAAAGUGACGGGAGCAAGGGGGCUAGUAACCCCUUCUCCUGUAUACAUUACUAAAUUUAUGUAGAGAAACUUUUCUUUUCUUUUUGGGCCACCCUGUUUCAGUGGGAUGCAGCCAGUGUGUUGAAAAAAAGAAAGAAGAAACCUGUUGAGUAUAGUACCUGGUAAGGUGUAUAGUAGUUAUCAUUGAAAGAGUUCAAAGUAAGAUGGACAGCAGGGUCGCAGAUGAACAAGGAAGCUUUAGAUAAGGGUAAAGAAGUUUUUGUUGCAUUUAUGAAUUUGGAAAAGGCAUAUGAUAGGGUGGAUAGGGGAGCAAUGUAGCAGAUGAUGCAAGUGUAUGGAAUAGGUGGUAGGUUACUGAAAACACUUAGUUUUUACAAGGAUAGUGAGGUUAAGGUUAGAGUAUGUAUGAGAGAGGAAGAUUAUUUCCCAGUAAAAGUAGGCCAUAGACAGGGAUGCAUGUUGUCACCAUAACUGUUUAUUAUAUUUAUAGAUGGGGUUGUAAGAGAAGUGAAUGCUCGGGUGUUGGUAAGAGGUGUGAGAUUAAAAGAUAAAGAAUCUAACACAGAGUGGGAGUUGUCACAAUUGCUUUUUGCUGAUGACACUGUGCUUUUGGGAGAUUCUGAAGAGAAGUUAGAGGUUGAUGUAUGAGUUUGGAAGGGUAUGUAAAAGGAGGAUAUUAAAAGUGAACAUAAGAAUGAGCAAGGUGAUGAGGAUAACAAAAAAUCUAGAUAAUGAAAGAUUGUAUAUCAGACUGAAAGGAGGGAGUAUGGAGGAAGUGAAUGUAUUCAGAUAUUUGGGAGUGGACUUGUCAGCAGAUGGGUCUAUGAAAGACGAGGUGAAUCAUAGGAUUGAUGAGGCGAAAAAAAGGCGAGUGGUGCACUGAGGAGUCUGUGGAGAUGAAUGUUAUCCAUGGAAGCAAAGAGGGGAAUGUCUGAUAGUACAGUAUAGUGGUACCAAUGCUCUUAUAUGGGUGUGAAGCAUGGGUGGUGAAUGUUGCAGCAAGGAGAAGGCUGGAGGCAGCAGAGAUGCCAUAUCCGAGUUCAAUAUGUGGUGUGAAUAUUAUGCAGAAAAUCCAUAGCUUGAAGAUGAGAAGGUGUGGGGUUUCUAAAAGUAUUAUCCAGAGGACUGAGGAGGGAUUGUUGAGGUGGUUUGCACAUUUAGAGAGGAUGGAAUGAAAUAGAAUGAUUUGGGGGCAUAUAAAUCUGUGGUGGAAGGAAGACUGGGUAGGGGUCGUCCUGGGAAAGGUUGGAGGUUUUGUGUGUGAGGGGGUUAGAGAGGAGCGAGUAGAGGCAAAUGGUUUUUAUGACUUGACGUGCUGUUGGAGUGUGAGCAAGGUAACAUUCUUGAAGGGAUUCAGGGAAACCAGUUAACCGAACUUGAGGUGUGGAGGUGGAAAGUACAGUGCCUGUGCUCUGAAGGAGGGGUGGAGAUAUGUUUGUUUUUGAACUGGAGUGUAGGCAUGCCUCUGCCUACACUACAGUGAUGGAAUGAGUGAUGGUGGAAGUAUUUCUUAUUUUUUGGAUCACCCUGCCUUGGUGGGAAAUGGCCGAUGUUUUAAUAAAAGAUAAAAAAAAAAAGACAAAAUCCAGCAGGUCAGUCAAUUCAGAAACAGUAUGCUACAAACUUGUCCAUUAUUAUUACAGUCCUUGCAAAACAGUCAUUCUCUCCAGCACCUGCCAAUACUGACCACCAGCUCACCCAUAUUAGUCUAUUAAAUUGAGGGUUUACUAUGCAUGUAUGCAUAUCAACUGCUGUAUACUGUACAUAAAACAAGGUACAGUAAAUUUUGCCUGUAUAUUACAGUACGUAUUCUUAAAACGACUGAUAAACUAAAAGGGAAGUAAAAUAGAAGCCAUGAAAUUAUUCUUGAUCAUAGGGAAGGUAAGGGAUCCUUAUUAUUGUGGUAUUUAGGGGUAUUAUAUGAAGAAUUUUACAUGCAUGUAUUGCAGUGCAUUUAGACUUUCUAGUCAUUAUAAUGCUUGUACACUAUUAUUGUUUGGAGGACAUUUUAAAAUUAUAAUGAGACCAGUGUGUCAAAGAUGAUGAUGAUAAUUUGUAUAUUUGGAGUAGCAAUUUUUCCAAGUUAUAAAAUAUGGAGGUCUGGUCAUUAUUGAGCAUACCAGUAGAACAACAAUUGCUAUGUUGAACAAGAAAAUACAGCAAAGUAUAUUCAGUGUACAGUAUUUUAGACUUAACACUUGUAGUUGUUUUUAAAAUGUUAUACCUGGAGGGUGUUCUGGGGGUCAAUGCCCCUGUGGCCUGGUCCAUGACCAGGCUGCAUGAUAAUACGCAUAUUUUUUGAAUAUUAUGAUUAGCACUGUAUACAUUUACCAUUGAAUGCUGGAGGUAGUAUUGACAGUACAGGCGGGCCCCGCUCAUACAGCAUGUUAGGUUCCGGGCUACUGCUGUAAAACAAAAAUCACUGUAAAGUGAAACGUGGUGUUUUUUCACUUUCAAAUGCAUAUAAAAGCCUGAUAACAUGUUUACACUAUUAUAUAUUAAAUGAGCAGUACAGCUAGGCCUAAAAACUGCAUAUACAAUACACACAUUACUUACCUUAAAAUAUUUGUCCUUAGCUUAUAGUGAGUGGUGAAUAUAUGUAUUGUAGAAAGUCUGAAUAAAUGAAGGAUGGGUAUAAUUGAAAACUGCUGCAUUAGCGAAAUGCCGUAAAGCAAAGCACUGUAAAAGCGGGGCUCUCCUGUAUGUAGUUUAUAUAAGAGGUUCACUUAUGUGCAUUCCAUAUUUUCUUUCCCACAACGGAGGUGCCUUGAUACUGAUGAGAGGCUCUUGAUUGAGGGAAGAGGGCUUUUCUUCCCCUUCCUUGGAUCAAGCAUGAUUACUGUACUUCCCAUUUCCUAUGUACUGUACAAACCCUUUGGGUUUAGCGCUUCCUGUAAUUAUAAUAACAAUAUUUUCUUGUGCUAUUCAUUCAUUUAUAUAGUCUAAUAAUAUUGUUGCCCACACAUUCAGCAAAGUAAUAUCAGAAUACAGUAGAAUCCCUGUAUCUGCAGAUUUGGUUUCCAUGGUUUCAGUUAUCCACGGUGUACUGUAGCCCAAAAAUAACAUUUAAUUUUGCUAAAUAAUGGCACCAAAGCAUUAAAGUAGUGAUGAAGUAAAAGAAACCGUGCAAAGCAUUAGUGAUGAUGGUAGUUCUUCAAAACCUAAAAGAAGCCAUGAAGUCCUUCCCAGUAGUGAAAGAGGUGCUAAUUCUCAACCAGUUGGGUGUAGUUUAUCAAUUAAACUAUCAUGACUUAUAUAUAGGGUUCAUUACCAUCCGUGGUUUUGGGUAUCCAUCGCGGAUAUGGGGGGACUACUGUAUUGUAUUUUACUUAUAUAUUGUAUAUCUUGCUGGAUAUGAAUAUUUAGACCUUUUACUUUUUUUUCCCCACACCAAUUUAUGUGAAUACCCGGUAGUCUUUUGUUAGCUUUCUAUAAGAAGCAUUCAGAAUUUGCUUUAGUAAACACUCCAUAUAACAGACUUUUAUAAUGAACUCUGGAAAUAUGGAACAAAAUCCACCAGAUCAUUAGAGUUGGAAACCAUGGGCAGAGACUGUUGAUUCUAGAGUUGGCCAUUAUUGUUAGUCAUGGCAAAACACUUCUAUCCACCACGAUUACCAUUACUAGUCAACCACUGUCCCUUGUUAGUCUGUUAUGUGGAGGGUUUAUGAUAUUUAUAGUCGAAAAUGUAAAUGCAGUAAUUCCUAAAUAUUGCAGCAGCUAAGAAUUCAGUUGAUAUUAAUAGUGGGUUAAACAUAUGAUGGUAUAUGUUCACUUACAUCAUAAUUAGUACUGACAAAUAAACCAGCCUGUUUAGGCAGAACUAAAUAGUAGUAGGAGGAAAAUUGCUAUGGAAUUUUUAAUUGACUGCAUUAUCCAACUUACUCAAUCCUUUAUCAUUUGCAAAGUGUUAGGCUUCAGAUAUCAUUAUCUUGUUGAUGUUAAACAUAUAAUCAAAAGUAUUAGAUUAUUAGCAGUUAAAAUGUGUGGCUUAUAAAUGCUACAUCCAUGUCCGUCCGUCCGUCUGGUCUUUCCAUCCGUCCUCUUGCUUCAAUUUGAAUACAUAGAUCUAAUUAUGUUAUGCCUUACUGUAUUUCAGUUUGGUAAGUCAGGCCAUAUAACAGAGCUAUUUACCUUUGAAAGGAAAACUAAAUAUAAAAUUAUGGUUACUGUAAAAAAGAUAUAUACAUACACAAAACAAACUACAUAAUAGUGUCACUGACAUAUAUAGUAUGAAUACAGUAUAGUGUGAGCAGGGUAAUAUUUAGUGAAGGGAUACAGGGAAACCGGUUAUUUUUAUAGCCAGACUUGAGUCCUGGAAAUGGGAAGUACAAUGCCUGCACUUUAAAGGAGGAGUUUGGGAUAUUGGCAGUUUGGAGGGAUAUGUUGUGUCUUUAUAUGUAUAUGCUUCUAAACUGUUGUACUCUGAGCACCUCUGCAAAAACAGUGAUUAUGUGUGAGUGAGGUGAAAGUGUUGACUGAUGAUGAAAGUAUUUUCUUUUUGGGGAUUUUCUUUCUUUUUGAGUCACCCUGCCUCGGUGGGAGAUGGCCGACUUGUUAAAAAAAAAAAAUAAAAAUUAUCAGAAGAGGGGUGGAGCACCUAGAGAAGAGUGGGUUCAUACAUGACAACCAGCAUGGAGUUCUGUGACAAGGUAACUGAAGUGAGGCAGGAGAGAGAAGGAUGGAUAGAUUCCAUUUUCUUGGACUAUAAGAAGGCUUUUAACACAGUAAUGCACAAGAGGCUGGUUUAAAAGCUAGAGGUGCAGGCAGGAACAGAAAAAGCACUGCAGUGGAUCAAGGCAUACCUGACAGGAAGAAAACAACAAGUGAUCCAUAACAAGAUGCUGGAAUGAAUGCAUGUGACAAGUGGGGUUCCACAAGGAUCAGUUCUAGGGCCAAUGCUGGUUUUUGUAUAUGUGAAUGACAUGACAGGAGGGAUAGUCAGUUAUCUCUGCUUGCAGACACUGUGAAACAAAGGGAAUACAAGCAGACAGGGACCAGGAAAGGCUACAAAUGGAUCUGGACAAACUGCCAGCCUGGUCUGACAAAUGGUUUCCUGGAGUUUAACCUCACCAAGAGCAAAAUUAUGAAGCUGGGGAAAGACAAAGCUAGCAGACACCAUACAGGCUUGGGGGAGGGGCAAAAGCUCUAAACCUCAUUCAAGAAGGACCUUAGGGUAUCAUACCAGUCAUAUCCCCUGAGGCUCGCAUCAACCAAACAACUGAUGCAACAAAUACACAUGUGGCAAAUCUAAAAAUAGGUUUUCGACAUCUAAGGAGCCAUUCACGACACUGUACAUUGAAGUAUGCAGCAUCAGUAUGGAACCCACACUUGGUUAGGUAUAUCAAGAAAUUAGAGAAAGUGCAGAAGUUUGCAGCAAGACUAGUCUGGAGCUAAGAGGUAUGUCCUAUGAGGGGAGGUUAAGGGAACUUAACCCAAUAACUGGAGGACAGGACUAAGAGGAUAUGAUAAUGAUGUACAAAAUACUGAGAGGAAUUGAUAGGGAUUGAAUGUUUCAGAAAUGGGAAAUAUGAACAAGAGGGCACAGCUGGAGGUUGAAAACUCAGAUGAGUCAUAGGAAUGUAACAAGUAUUUCUUCAUCAUUAGAGUGGGCAGGAAGUGGAACAAUCCAGAGUGAAGUGGUAGAGGCAGGAUCCAUACAUAGCUUUAGGAAGAGGUAUGAUAAGACUCUUGAAGCUUUCUGUUUAAAUUUCUGGGUUAAUUAUUCUGGCCAUGAUAUUGUGAUUUAUUUUAGCAGAAGCAUUGGAGCAUGUUGGCAUAUACACAUCUUACCCCCUUAUGCUAUCCCACUAUACCUGUGGGUGGACCAGCAGACAGUGCUCUGCCAGUAUGCAGCCUUGUCAUUCGUGGCUAAGUAUCACUGCCAUAUCUAUUCUUUGGCCAGUUCUUCCCUGUUGUGCUUGCUAAUCUCAUUCACCACUUGUAUGGGUACAUUCCAUACUUCCCCUUGUCGAGAGCCAGUUUGUAUGUCGAGUCAGGUGAGCUUUCCCUGGAGCUAUGCCAUGAGGAGCUUGGCCUGUACUAAGUGCAGACAGUUGCUGAGGCAAAGGCUGCUGUAAUGAGCAUAUUCUGUAUCAGAUUUUUUUUAUAUCCAGUGACUCUUUUGGGCCAUAUGCACAUAUAUACAGUGGACCCCCGCAUAACGAUCACCUCCGAAUGCGACCAAUUAUGUAAGUGUAUUUAUGUAAGUGCGUUUGUACGUGUAUGUUUGGGGGUCUGAAAUGGACUAAUCGACUUCACAAUAUUCCUUAUGGGAACAAAUUCGGUCAGUACUGGCACCUGAACAUGCUUCUGGAGUGAAAAAAUAUCGUUAACCGGGGGUCCACUGUACUUAAGAAGUGGGAUUAUAAAGGGGUUCAGCAGGACUUAUGUUUAAGCUUCCUCUUUCAACAGGAAUCAUCACCUUAUGACUUAUCUGUUUAUUAAUAAUUGGACACAUGUAUCUUCCUCAGUCACCUGUUGAUGGGUUCUCCAGCCUUCUGUCACUGUGUAGCUGGCUGUGGAACACCUUUUAACAGUUUGUCCCUGUCUUAGGUUUUCUGCCUUUGUCAUGGUUUUUAUAAUUACCUUGUGGAACUUUUAGGAGUCCCAUAUGUUAAUGGGAUUUUUAACUGAUGCUGGUUAUUUUAAUUUGGUAUGUUAGUAUUUGUGUUGACAUGUUUGUGUUUUUUGUAUAUUUUUUCAUUGUUUAUACUGUGGGUAUUUUGUAACUUUUAUUGCUAAGAGUGCUCUUUAAAUAUAACAACUGCUAUUACACAGCAUAUAAUUCAGAAUACAGUGUGCUUUAAUUCACCGGAGAACAUUUGUGGCAGAUGCUCAACUAUUUUAUUCCAAAAUGUAAUUUUAUUUAUAUUUCCAUUCUGCAAUUAGUUUCAAGUUAACUUUACUCACAUGAGAUCACUGGCAGUAUCGUUAACCCUUAUUAG